GAAGAAAACCAUUUUGGCUUAGACAGUACACGCGUCCACCGUCCCCACGACUUUUUUACAGCUGUUUCUCACACGCAGAAUUUUUCUAUAAACAGCAGUUGAAAUCCAGCUUAUCAAGAUUUUUGUUUUGUUUCUUUCUGUAUUGAAUUUCUCAAGAAAGUCCUAGAAUCUUGUUCUUUAGACAAAAAGAUCGAAUCUUUACACACACCCAUCAAAGAAUAACAAAGUAUUUUUCAGUUUUCAUCGCUUAAUUUCCAGUUUUUUGUUUUGAUUUUGCUAAAAAUGGGAGCUGAAGCUGAGGUUAUGGUUCAACUUCAACAUACCAUCCCUGUGUUGGAUGUCCCCUGUUGUUCUGAUUUGGAUGUCAAAUCCCCAGAGUCAACAGUAUUGCAAUUCAUUCCUAACAUUCGCUCAGGUAGCUUUGCUGAUACUGGCCCGCGUAGGUUCAUGGAAGAUGAACAUAUAAGGAUAGAUGAUCUAUCUGCGCAUCUUGGCUCACUCGUGAAGUUUCCGAAGCCCAGUGCUUUCUACGGGGUAUUUGAUGGCCAUGGAGGACCAGAAGCUGCAGCUCAUGUGAGAGAAAAUGUACUCAGAUUAUUAUUUUCAGACACCGAUUUUCCCGAGACUUCAGAAGUUGAUGAUGCAUUUCUAGAAGGGGUGGAGAGUUCUCUUAGGAAGGGGUUUCUUCUGGCUGACCUCGCUUUAGCCGAUGACUGCAAUGUUAGCAGUUCUUCCGGAACCACUGCACUGACAGCUCUUGUGUUGGGAAGGUUAUUAAUGGUGGCAAAUGCAGGAGACUGCCGAGCAGUCCUUUGCCGUAACGGAGAGGCAAUUGACAUGUCUCAAGACCAUAGACCAAAUUAUCCAUCAGAGAGGAGGCGUGUUGAAGAGUUAGGUGGAUUUAUUGAUGAUGGUUAUCUGAAUGGUAUACUAUCAGUGACCAGGGCCUUGGGGGACUGGGACAUGAAGCUGCCUCGUGGCUCUGCCUCUCCUCUGAUUGCAGAGCCAGAAUUUCGACAGAUAGUUCUGACAGAGGAGGAUGAAUUCCUUAUUAUUGCUUGUGAUGGAAUCUGGGAUGUCUUGUCUAGUCAACAAGCAGUUAGUCUAGUGCGUCGUGGGCUAAGACGGCAUGAUGAUCCUGAACAGUGUGCCAAGGACCUUGUCAUGGAGGCCUUGCGGCUCAAUACAUUUGACAAUCUCACAGUAAUUGUUGUAUGCUUUACUUCCCCUGAUCAUCAAGAGCUAUCACCAAUGCGUCACAGGAGUUUAAGGAGCUGCAGCUUCUCUGCAGAAGCCUUGUAUAGCUUGCAGAGCUGGUUAGACAACAAAGGGAACCAUUGAUGGCGGUGCAAGCUGUUUGCAGCUGCCUCAUUUGGGCAGAAUAAAGAGCAGCUAUAGUUUUGGUAGUAAGAUCUUCUUUUCUUGCUUUUGUAUUUGGGUGGAUGUUUGUACAUACCAUUCGUUGGUGAGUUGAGAGCUACACUGACUUUUAGUUUAUUAUGGCUGUUAGCAUAUGGCCGUGUUUAUGUAACU